AUUUUGAAAGCAGAAAUAAAAAUCCCAAACCCUACAGGCUUCGCCAAACUCGGCGGCAAUUUGCUUAUAAAUUCCCUCCAAAGCCCAUGCCUUUACGCCUCCUUCGUUGCUCUCUUUAAAACCCUAGCUUUCUCUCUCUUACACCCUCGCUGAAUCACUUGUUCCUCUUACAUGGAGUUCUGGGGUGUUGAAGUUAAGGCUGGACAGCCACUUAAAGUAAAACCAUCGUUUGACAAUAUCAUCCACCUCUCACAGGCUUCCCUUGGUGAGUCAAAGAAGGAUAAAGGACAUGACUCUGUGCCGCUCUUUGUGAAAUUUGGAGACCAGAAGCUUGUCCUUGGAACUCUUAUUACAGAUACUAUACCACAACUGUCUUUUGAUCUAGUAUUUCAGAAAGAGUUUGAGCUUUCUCACAACUGGAAGAAUGGGAGUGUCUACUUUUGUGGUUACCAAACCCCCUUGCCACAAGAUAGUUCUGAUGAGUUUGAUAUGGAAGGAUCAGAUGAGGAUGAGGAAGAGGUAGAGGAGGAUAUUCCUAUGAUUGCUGCUGAGAAUGGAAAAGGUGGUUUGAAGGUUGAGAAAGCAAAAGCUCCUGAAAAGGCAAAUGCUGGUAAGCCUGAAAUCUCUGCAAAGCCUAGUAAGCCAAUAAGCAAACCUGAGGAGAAGGAUGACAGUGAGUCAGAUGAUUCUGAUGAUUCAAUGGGUGAUGAGAUGGAAGAUGAUUCUGAUGAGAGUUCAGAUGAUAAAGAGGGAACCGAUGAAGACGAGGGUGAUUCAGAAGGUGAAGAUUCUGAAGAUGAAGAGACACCUAAGAAGGUUGUUGCAAAGAAGAGGCCAACAGAAUCAGCCACAAAAACUCCCGUUCCUGCUAAGAAGGCUAAGGGAGGAGCUACUCCUCAGACUGAUGGCAAAAAGGGAGGCCAUGUUGCAACUCCUCACCCAUCAAAGCAGGCUGGAAAAACAACUAAUGACAAAAGUCCCAAAUCUGGUGGCCAAGUCUUAUGCAAAUCAUGUAGCAAGACAUUUGGGUCUGAAAAAGCUCUAGAGUCUCACACAAAGGCAAAGCACGGUACUGGCAAAUAGACUAAUGUAUGGUUAUAACAUGCAUUGCGGACAUCGAUGGCAUGUUUAUUUUUGUGCUGAAAUACCCCACACCACCCUGAGAGCUGUGAUUCGGUAGUUUUUUGACAGAAGUGAAGGAGAGAGCUUUGUAUUUUUCUUUCUGAUGGCUAUUAUUAAAUAGUUGUGCUACAUUCCGGGAAUUUAAGUCUAAUUGCUUUCUGGUUCCGUUAAA